AUGGAGCAAGAUUCCGUCCGUGGCGAAAACAGCGUUCAAAACCCGCAGGCAACACCCGCUCCAGCCCUGCUAUAUGAGAAGCUUGCUCAGAAGAACCCGAAGCUCACCGAUCAUCUCUCAAUAACCCUGGGGCUUCCUAUGAUCAUUAUUUUUGAUCUUGUAGUCCCAUGCAUAAUAUAUUACGCAUGGUUCGAUAAAAUACAUGUUCCUCACUAUCAGAACGACUGUCGAGCAGACGAGGAAUGCGGCUUCGUCAAGUCGGAAUUUGACAAGCAUAUUCUUGGCUACGCUAUCAUCUCCUUCGGUUUAGGCGAGCUUUAUGUCCUGGUUGCCCGGAUAUGUCGUCUUAUUUGGCACCCCGAGGAAUGCGCCCCUCUUCUGUCACGAUCGCGAUGGGAGCUUGACGCCACAUCCUGGGUCUAUGGUGUCUCCAUGGUUUGUGCAUUAAUUCCGUUUGUCAUUGGCAGUAGCAAAGAGAUUCCGAAUCUCUAUCUCUACUCCCCAGCUUUUCUUAUGACCUUUCUCGGAAGCUUAAUGCUUAUCACAUUGAUACCGUUCAAUAUCCCAAUUGGGAUUGAUUCACAAGCCCGGGGAACACCGCUACGGCCGUUUAUAUACUACGCAGCUGAAGACUUCAUCGCUGUUGAUGGUCUCCAGGAUCGUGAGUUUCGUGUACGGUUUAAUGCGCGAUACGAGUCGUCCAAGGCUUUCAGGCACAUGUUUUUUCUUCUCACCCUUUGGUGGAUUUUUGGAGUUUGUGUAUACCUUGGGUGUUUGUCAGCUGUUAUAUGGACGCUAGAAUUCCAUUUUGCAUUCGGGUUGUCUUUAGGCAUUCUUUUCUGCUAUAUCAUCAUUUGGGCACUGAUUUCUUAUUCAUGGCUUCAGGCUGCGAUGAAUCGGGAGCGGAAGACAUACGAAAGGUUGGCGUGUUAG